GAACAGGACACACUGAAGGAUCUGUUCAACCAAGACGAUGACCAUCAGGAGCUGGGUAACUUCUACGUCAAGGCCAGUUACAAGGAGAAGAAGCUGGAGGCUCGCCUGUCUCUGCUGCAGAGUGCUGUGGAUGAGUACAACAAGGCCAAGAACGAGUUUGCAGCCAAGGCGACAGAGGAGGAGAUAAAGCUGCUACGUUUCCAGAGGCGUCUGGAUGAGGAGAAGGGAGAGGCUCUGCUGGGCCUGUCUCUCCAGGAGACUCUGCAUGCCCUCCUCACCUCCAACUUCCACAAGCAGGCUGAGCAGCUCUACAGGGACUUCAGGGUGCCAGACAAAAGGUACUGGUGGCUGAAGCUGACCGCUCUGGCAGAGAAGGAUGAUUGGGAAGAGAUGGAGAAAUUUGCCAAGAGCAAGAAGUCCCCCAUCGGCUAUCUACCCUUUGUGGAGGUGUGUGUGAAACAACACAAUAAGUACGAGGCCAAAAAGUAUGUUUCCAAGGUGACCCCAGAGCAAAAGGUCAAAGCCCACCUGGCCAUAGGUGAUCUGGAGGGGGCAGCCGAGGCAGCUAUAGAGAGGAGGAGUGAAGGAGAGAUCAGCACUGUCCUGUCCCGCUGUUCUCCCACCACAGACCGAGCCCUGCUGGAGAGACUCAACCGAGCCAGAUCCACUGCUGCCAAAAAGUGACCUCCCUGAAAUCCUAUUCAAACCACAAAAUAUCUCACUGACAAAAACAGUGAGCCCUAAGAACUGUUGCUGUUGAAAAGUGACCCGCCAACCACCAUUCACCUCAGCUCCAGCCUAUAUCCUGCUUCAACUACGUUUGGAGGGGAAGGAGUGAUUUGGGAAAGAAAGACAUUCCAACACACACACACACACAGCUUAGACAAGCUGAUAUCAACAGCACUCCCAUACUAUACCAAUCAUGAAAGAAAUGUGCCUCUCGACUGUCUGUAUAGAGCCAAGAGUUGCAGUGAGAUCAUCUCAAUUCGCAAUGAGUUGCAUUCAUAUUGUAUAUCCUGUGUUUUCAAAUCUGUUCAAAUGGAGGAAGUGAGAGAAGUAGGGCCACCACUUUUGACUAUUGAGAAGCACCGAUUGCUCCCAUUUGCUGUCUGUGGUAAGCUGCUUGUGUUACUGACUCUCCUCUCCAGAUCAUGUGAUUGUCAUAUUAAUGAAACCAUGUUGGUGUUGUUCACACACUGCAGACCAUUGUCUCAUGUUGUAUCAUUGAAUAAAUGCAUUCCUUUGUAAA